AUGCUUUGCCAGAAGCGCGCAGCUUCAACUCUGAAGCCGCAGUUAAGGAGCCUCGUCUUGGGCCACUCGAAGCGCAAGGCCCUCGUGGAAGAAACGGACUCGGAGACUACGCGGCGAUCCGAGGAAUCCUCUGAAAGCGACAGCGACGGAAGCGAGGCCAAUGAGUAUGCAGAAGGCUUGGGCUACGCGGAUCAGAAACGGUGCUGCCAGAAGAGCACCAGCCAGUUUGAGUUUGACCACCACCCCAGAGAGGAGUACUUCGAGCAGCCCAAGUCCUAUCAGGAUGACGACAGUCGGUGCAUGGAGCUCCCAGUUCUGCGAAGCUCUGAUGGCAGCCAGGCUUUGCCCAGCGUCCUCAAUGAACUGGAGGUGCGCGAAGCCAUCAAGGAGCGCUGCGCCAAGCGACGUCGGCUUCGGGCCCAGCGCGGGCAAUCCGCGCCAGGCCAGGCCCCGGUGCCGGUGCCGGCUGCGGCUGCGUGCCAAUCUGCCGACCCAACACCGGAGGCAGGUCUGAAGCAGAUCCGAGCCUACUCUGCCUGUCUUUCCGUGCUGCGGCAGUCGCAGGAGAACACCUUCGACGAAGAGAAGAUAUGGGGUGACGGCGCCAAUGAAAUUGUUCCCUCUGACCGCCCUCGCCAACUUGGUUUUGGUUGA